AUGGCACAGACGAUUAAGAGCGUGGACUUCCACUGCCAGGCGAACAACACCGCCCACCACACCAUUGAAAUUACAGCAAAGCAGCUGAUCGUGAGACGGGGCCAGUCCUUCCUCCUGACCCUGAACAUGACACAACCUUUCGAUAACUAUGACGAGCUCAUCCUCACCGUGGAGACGGGUUCGUAUCCAUCAGAGAAGUGUGGUACUCGGUCUCAGAUGAGUAACCCGUCCCUCAUGUCCAUCCAGUACACCAGUGACGUCAAGGCGAUAUGGCGGUACAGUAUUAACAAGAGCCCCAACAUGGCGCGCGGUAUUGUGACCCUGUCCGUGACCCCGCCGGUUGACGCUCCUCUGGGCAAGUACUCGCUGUCUGCAGAGACCAAGACGGGAAAGACCACCCUGGGAACCUUGGUGGUGCUCUUCAACCCCUGGUGCUCAGAGGACUGGGUGUAUCUUGGUGACGAGAGGGAAAGACAAGAAUAUGUGAUUAAUGAACAGGGAGUCAUCUAUGUAGGGACGUCAGAUUUUCCCACUCCAAGGAACUGGGUCUUUGGACAGUUUGAGGAGGACAUGGUGGACAUUUGUCUCAAGAUGCUGGACGUCAACCCAAAACACAUCAAAGACCCAGCUGAUGAUGUCUCUGCUCGCUGUAACCCCAUCUAUGUUAGCCGUGUGGUCAGCGCCAUGAUCAACUGUAACGAUGAUCAAGGUGUGUUGUACGGACGAUGGACUGAUAAUUAUUCUGAUGGAGAAAGGCCCACCUCCUGGCUUGGCAGCCUUCGCAUCCUGCGGAAGUGGUAUAAAACAAACUGCCGCCCCGUCAAGUAUGGGCAGUGCUGGGUGUUCGCUGGUGUAAUGUGUACAGUGAUGCGGUUCUUUGGUAUCCCAUGUCGCGUGGUCACAAACUUCCAGUCAGCUCAUGACACAAACGACAACCUCACUGUUGAUACGUUUUAUGGCAAACAAGGAGCACAACCCAAGCAGAGCCCCGACAGUAUCUGGAACUUCCAUGUGUGGGUGGAGGGAUGGAUGAAACGACCAGACCUGAAGAAAGAUGGCUACUAUGAUGGUUGGCAGGUCUUGGAUCCCACACCACAGGAAAAGAGCGAAGGACAGUACUGCUGUGGUCCAGCACCAGUCAAGGCCAUCCUCGAGGGCCACACUACGCUGAAGUAUGACGUGCCAUUUGUCUUUGCUGAGGUCAACGCUGACAUUGUCAAGUGGAUGGUCAGUGCUAAUGGUUCAAAGAGGAAAAUGAACUCCGACACCACUACAGUGGGUCAGAGCAUUUCUACCAAGGCUGUUGGCUGCAACAGGAGAAAUGAUGUCACAGACAACUACAAAUACAAAGAGGGCAGUGCAAAGGAGAGGCAAGUCUUCGUGGAUGCAGUCACCAGACUGAACUCAGGAGGUGUUCAAGCGGGUGAUACAGGAAAGUUGCAGCAGAAGAUGGUGAUGAAAUUGGAAAAGGAGACCAUGGUGCAAAGUGGUCAGGACAUUAAGCUGAAGCUUAAGUUGUGCAACAAAGAUCACAUCGAUAGGACAAUGUCCAUCUCUGUCAGUGCCCAGGCCAUGAGGUACAACGGCAUACCAGCAUGCCACAUCCUGAGCACAGUGCAAGAGAAGGCGCUGCGGUCUGGAAAAGAGGUGAUCAUACCCAUCUUGAUCCCAUUCCGGGCCUACAGUGACUACAUGGUGAACUGUGACAGCAUGAAGGUUUCAGUCAUGGCCAUGGACCCUCAGCGAGAUGAUGACAUCUACCAAUCUGAGAUUGACAUGUCUCUGCAGCAGCCUCCCCUCUCUAUGAAGGUUUUGGGUGAGGCCCGUGUGUACCAAGAAAUGACCAUGGAGGUGGAAUUUACAAACCCACUCAAUGUUACGCUGAGAAACUGCUCUCUGACUGUCACUGGUAGUGGCAUGUACAAAUUUGAAAUCAAGAAGAGUGACCUCGGGGAGUUGGCGCCUCAUGCCACACUGAAGGUUGCCAUCAAAACGAUUCCCCUCAAGCUUGGGCCGAGGAUUGUGGUGGGCGACUUCAACUGCAGCGGCUUCAGAGACGUGGUGGGCAGCUGCUAUGUCAACGUCAAGCCCUGAAGCUCUGCCUAUGUGCAGUAUUUACCAUCCUGUAUGUUUUUGCUGUCUCUGAUUAAGGCUAAAGCAAACAGGACAGUCAUUAUUCAUGCUGUGGUUAAGGGUUUUUUUUUUUCUCCACAAUUUUAACUUAAGGCAUUGGAUGUGUGAUCCCCUUACAAAAGCCUUAAAAAUGUGUUGAAUGCGUUUUGUUUUAGUUCUAUAAAUGAUUAGUCACAACAAUUUUCAUAAUCUAUGAAUCAUUUAAAUCAUUUAUCAAUCAUAAAUCUCUUAAACAUGAGAAACAAUUGCUUUUUCUUGGUUUGUUUGUUAAAUAUCAAUUGGACAGUUGGUCAGCUGGUAAGUUUGGGCUUCCGGUAAUGUUGUAUUACACAUUUCUGUCUUUUUUCUGUCUUACAAAUUAUAGAGAAACAGGGACAGGGUAUCUUACUAAGGCUUAAAGAUUUUUUUUUUCCUUCAGUUUUUAGUUCGAGAUAUUGAUUUUUAGCUAAAUGUGAAUUUGAAAACUGUAUUUUCACAUCGCUAUUUCAUAAAUGUCACAUUAACUCAAGUAUUUACUUACAAAACCAAACGGAAACUAUGCAAGGGUGAUGAGAAAUGUCUGAUUUGAGAUCAUUAGUGCACAGACCUUUAAAAAAUGGGAAAUGUAUCUGUAAAAUCAUGAUUGUAAUUGCAGAAAUAUAAAAUCUGAAUACAUGCACAGAGCUGUUUGGUAGUGGAGUUUACAGAGGUUCAAUUAA